AUGCCGGUGAUGUCCCGGCGCAUUUACGGUCCCAUCUGGAAGUCGACCUUUGGGCAUUAUGAGAACAUCAACAUUGGGAGCCCGGUGGUGCUGGAGCAGCUGCUACGGCAGGAGGGCAAGUACCCCAUGCGGAGCGACAUGGCCCUGUGGAAGGAGCACCGGGACACCCGGCGCCUGCCCUACGGACCCUUCACCGAGGAAGGGGAGCGCUGGUACCGCCUGCGCCAGGUCCUCAACAAGCGGCUGCUGAAGCCCUCGGAGGCGGUACUGUAUGCGGACGCCAUCGGCGAGGUGGUGUCGGACCUGAUGGUGCGGCUGCGGGAUGAGCGGAGCCGCAGCCCCUCGGGCGUGCUGGUGGGGGACGUGGCCAACCUGCUCUAUCGCUUCGCCCUGGAAGGGAUCUCCUAUAUCCUCUUUGAGACCCGCAUCGGGUGCCUGAAGCAGCAGGUCCCCGCCGAGACCCAGCGCUUUAUCGACUCCAUCAACCUCAUGUUCAAGAACUCCAUCUUCGCCACCGUCCUGCCCCGAUGGAGCCGCAAGGUGCUACCCUUCUGGGACCGCUACCUGGACAGCUGGGACACCAUCUUCGCCUUCGGCAAGACCCUCAUUGACCGAAAGAUGGAGGAGCUGGAGGGGCAGGUGGAGCGGGGCAAGGAGGUGUCCGGCUACCUGAGCUACCUGCUGGCCAGCGGCAGGCUCAGCCUGGACGAGGUCUAUGGCAGCGUGGCCGAGCUGCUGCUGGCCGGCGUGGACACGACUUCCAACACGCUGUCCUGGGCCCUUUACCACCUCUCCCGGGACGCAGGCAUCCAGGAGACCCUGUACCAGGAGCUGAAAGCUGUUGUGCCCGCUGACCGGUUUCCCGGUGCUGAGGAUAUCCCCAAGAUGCCGAUGCUUCGGGCUGUUAUCAAGGAGACGCUGAGGGUCUACCCCGUGGUGCCCACCAACGCCAGGGUCUUCUAUGAGAAGGACAUUGUCAUCGGAGACUACCUCUUCCCCAAGAACACCCUCUUCGUCCUGGCGCACUACGCAAUGUCCCACGAUGAGACCUACUUCCCUGAGCCCGAGCGGUUCCUGCCCCAGCGCUGGCUCCGGGGCCACGGCUCCCCCCACCACCCCUUCAGCUCCAUCCCCUUUGGCUACGGGGUCCGCGCCUGUGUUGGCCGCCGCAUCGCCGAGCUGGAGAUGCACCUGGCCCUCGCCAGGAUCAUCCAGGCAUUCGAGGUGCGGCCGGACCCCCGCGGCGUGGAGGUGACAUCUGUGUCCCGCAUCGUCCUGGUGGCCGACAAGCCCAUCAACCUGGAGUUCAUCGCUCGCCCGGGGGCCCCGGGGGCCCCCUGA